ACCGAUUCACUCUAUUCUCUCUGCCCAACGAACCUUCCUCUAUUUUCCCCUGAAACCUUGGCUGCCUUUGAAGUUCCCUAUGCUUCGAAACUUGAAAUCUGCCGUAUUGUCUUCGACCAUGGAAGCAGUUUUUCUCUUCUCUCUGUUCAGACAAAUGAUUGCUCAUGAAGCUUUGAUGAAGACUCAAUUACUCCCUUACGAGUGAGUGAGAGCUGAAAAACAAAGCCCUUUUGUCUCUCAAAUCCUAUACGCGAAUGGAUUCGAUCAAUUUUUACAACAUCAAAGUUGAGAAGGCGAAAGCGUUGCCAAGGCAUCGCCAGCUUCAAAAGAUUGCAAACCUGUGCCGGGUAAUCGAGGUAUGCGUUGUCCUGGUCUUGAUUUCCAGGUUUUCCAUGCAACUCCCGCUUGCUGUCAAGAACUCCACCGGCUAUUUCCAUGAGGUUAAAGUUGUCUUGGUCAGUCCUCGCUUUGUGUUUGUCAUCGGAAACGUUAUAAUUUUCACUCUUUUCGCCAAGUCGGGGCAGUUUUCAGCUCGAGCAGCAAAUACUUCUGGACUUGAUCUAUACGAGGAGUUCUUCAAGAACAGUGAAAAGAAACAGAGAAUUCACCCAGAUAUGACCUCGUACCCCCGCAAAAUUAGCGUAUCUGAUGAGAGUACAUUUAAGGAUUACCGGAGGAUUCAAAGUUUCUCGCAAAAUUCAAACAGUGGAUUGUGUGAGAAAUCACUCCGAGUACUCCGACGUUUGGAGACACAGAAAUGCAGCAAGAAUACCGGUCCUUCCGAUGAGGUUCUGGCGAAAAGUUCAUGUCCAGAGGAUGAAAUGAGCAACGAGGAGUUCCAGCGCAAGGUGGAGGCUUUCAUUACCCGGCAGCAAAGGAUUCGUAGGGAAGAAGAGUAUUCUGUACUAUAGAAUUAAUUACUCAAGAACAUGAAGCAUUUUACUUCAAUUCCGACGUAACUGUGCAUGUACAUUAAUAUCUCAUACAUGCCAUUGAAUAUUUAUCAAA